AUGCAUUUGUCUUGUAUACCUCGCCGUUCGCGAUGCCUUUCGACGGCGGAUAGUCCUCCGGCUAAGAUCGUUCUACCGGACUUGGUCUCUCAUUGCGACUUUCCACUUCGAACCAAUGUCCAUUGCGCGAGAGCAUCCAAGGAAUCCGAGGAGUGGUUUCUACAAAAUGCGAACCUGAAUAAGCACAGACGUGCAGACUUCCUUGCUCUCAAGGCGGGCGAACUGACGUCCAUGUGCUACCCGUACGCGCCGUAUCACGAACUACGCGUUUGCUGCGACUUCAUGAAUUAUCUAUUCCACCUUGACGAUCUAAUGGAUGACAUGAAGAAAUCAAGUACAUGGUCUCUACGAGAUGAAGUGAUCGGCGUCCUUCGUGACCCGGAUGGGUACCGCCCGCAAUCUCGAGUUGGUAAGAUGACUCGAGAUUUCUGGACUCGACUCGCCACUACGUCGACAUUCGGUGUCGAGAGUCGUUUCAUCAAGACUUUUGAUGCGUUCUUCAGCGCUGUCAGUCAACAGGCGUACGAUCGACAAGAAGGUCAUAUCCCUGACCUGGAGUCCUACAUUGCGAUGCGGCGCGACACUAGCGGUUGCAGACCGUGUUGGGCACUCAUAGAAUAUGCGUAUGACCUCGCCAUACCGGACGAGGUCAUGGAACAUCCAAUUCUGUGCAGUUUGGGUGACGCUGCCAAUGACUUGGUCACCUGGUCCAACGAUAUAUUUUCCUACAACAACGAGCAAGCUCGCGGCGAUACACACAACAUGAUCGUCGUCGUCAUGAAGCAGAAGCACCUUUCGCUGCAGAGCGCCGUGGACUUCGUCGGUUCCAUGUGCAAAGAUUCCAUCGACCGAUUCGUGGAGGAUCGGGCCAACUUGCCCUCAUGGGGUCCCGGCAUAGACGACGCUGUGGCUCGUUACGUGCAGGGCUUGGCUGAUUGGAUCGUGGGGAGCUUGCACUGGUCUUUCGACUCUGGUCGGUACUUCGGUGACAAGGGAAAGGAUGUUAAAAUGUCGCGCGUGGUCGAGCUACUCCCUCGCUCGCGCUAG